AAGAGAUAAUAUUUUAUAUAAAAAAAAAUAGAGAAGCCAUAUAAUUUACCAGAUUGGGAAGAAGCCAAUAUUCUGGAAAGAAAUCUGAAAGUGAUUGUGAGUGUGAAACCCAAAAAUAAUGACAUGUCUGCUCUAAUGAUAAAGCCACUUUGACCAAAGCCUCUCUAUAUCUCCUUAUUUUAAGUAACCAUCAAAGUUUUCUAACUCUCCAACUACCACAAACCCAAACUCUCCUAUUUCUCUUUCUCUCCCUCACACAAAUAAGAAACUAAGUCCUUUUGUGAAAUCAAGAAGUUUCAUCUCUCUUGUGUCUUAAGAGUAAUCAAGAAGAAGAUCAAGAUGAUGGAGACGAGACAAAACAGUGUUCAGUUCCAAAGACCAACUUUCUUACCAAUGUUAUGUUCAAGACCUUCCAUCAAGAACGUGACCCUCCCGGCUAAAUCACAUCAAGAUGACUCAUACCAACAAGCCGAUCCUUUAUCUCCCAAAAUCAGCUGCAUUGGUCAAGUCAAACGUAGCAACAAGAUCACCGGCUUCCCCACCACCACCACCACCUCCACCUCCAUCACCCCCGUCGCUCAGCACCGUUACUUCAAGCUUAAACGUCUUUUCUCCGGCAAGAAUCUCUCUUUCUCCGCUCCCACUACCACCACUACCAGGACUAGUCGUGGAAGAAUAAGAAAGGAGGAGUUUGGUAACAAAAAGAUUGAUGUUAUCGACGUUGCUGAAUUGGACCCACCUUUGCCGGUGGUUAAAAAGACACACGACGGUGGCGCCGGAGAUAAAGCGGCGGAGAAUCUUUGGAAGAGGAGAUCUGGUGGUUGUCAACUACGGAGUUUGCAGAUUCAAACCAAUGGAGUUCAUCAGCUGAAAGUUACAACUGUUUGAGUUUGGAUCAAUCAAAGCAAAAAAAGCUUUAAUUAGCAAAAAAAGGCUUCUUAUUUGUUGUUAUAAAUUUAGUUAUUAAUAUAGUUUGUACAAAUAGAAAAUUCAUACUUUAUGCUCUUCUCUCUUCUUCUUCUCUCUUCUUCUUCGUUAAAUCAUAAUUUUUGGUUGUCUUUCAAUAUUACCAAUCAUAUAUUUUAGAGAUAUU